AUGGUACUCCUUGCUCCUCAUCCCUCCUCUACACAAUACACAACCUGUUCUCCAAGAGAAAACCCGCGCCCUUCCUGGUCCUUGUCCCUGUUCUCAUGCCUAUGCAUGUCUUUGCUAUGA